AUGUCGAUGCUCGCCAUGGCUGCCCCCUCCCAACAUGCAGGCUUCAAGAGAGAGUACCCCUGGGACAAUGGCAGCUCGAUGGAGUAUGUACCACACUCUCGGCCCCAACCCGACAGGAUCGAGCUGCCCUCCAUUCGCCAGGCGUUCCCAGAAAUCAAGCUGCGUCUCCAGCCUCCAGAGGCACCCGCCAGGACGACAUCCUCAACUACUUCGCCGGUUGUCGGUCUUGCGGGAGUAAUGACUCCCCCAGAAUACAUACACUCGCCAAGCUCGGCGUCCAACAAGCGCCGCCGACUGUCAGUAGAAGAUGAACAGGACAGAGAGAGAGUCAACCGAGUUCCACGGGCGUACGAGAACCAGGGCCAAGCACAUCACCAAAGGCAGCUGUCCCCUCAACGGACACUACCCGGGCCACCAAACGAUGGCUGGGCGACAUCGGCAAGGACAAGCCCUUACGCAGCACACGCCCCGAUGCCUCCUAUGCGUCAAGCAGUCCCCAUGGAAGUGUACGACCGCCAGGAACACCGCCCCACACUUCCCAGUCUGCCUCACAUGGCUUUGGAUCGCGAGCCUAUGCACAUGCAGCGGCAACGGGGGCAUUCGAGCGAGGAGUUCCAACCCAUCAGGGCAGCAGCAGGCAUGGCCAUGCCCAACGCUCCGGGGAUGGAGACCGCACCAGCCUACCGAGCAGGAGGCUAUCCUUACAGCUAUCAUCACUCCAACCGGGCCCAGUCCCUCUCCCUGGGAGCCAUCGCACCCUUUGACCGCACACCAUUCUCAUCAGCUGCCCCAGGUUUCAACCCGCACUACCAGGACCUCAUGAGGCUCGGUGAGCUGGGUGGCAUGGGCAUGCAUGGCGAUAACAAACAGCGCAAGCGUCGUGGCAACCUUCCAAAGGAGACCACAGACAAGCUCAGGGCGUGGUUUGUUGCCCACCUUCAGCAUCCGUAUCCCACGGAGGAUGAGAAGCAGGAUCUGAUGCGCCAGACUGGUCUGCAAAUGAACCAAAUUUCCAACUGGUUCAUCAAUGCUCGCCGUCGCCAGCUGCCCGCCAUGAUCAACAAUGCCCGCGCCGAGUCGGAUGCCACGUCCGGUCGGGCGGGUACGGAGUCUGGCAAGAUCCUGCCGUCCACGGAGCGCGGAGAGGGUGGCAGGGCCAGUGUGCCUCUCAGUGAUGGCGAGGCCAGCCACUACGAGGAAGACCUUGAAACUCUGCAGCAGCGUCACGUUGCGCACAUCAAGAGGGGAAGCGUAUGA